AUGUCGAACUCGUCGUGUGUGCUCUACGUGGGAGCGAUCCCGUACAACUGGGACGUGGAGGUGAUCAAGGCGGUGGUCUGCGGAUCGGGCCCCAUUGUGGACGUACGGUGCAUGAUGGACAACGCAUCGAAGAACAAGGGCUUCUGCUUCGUGGAGUACCUAUCGCCGCUGGACGCGCUGAACGCGUUGACGACGUUGUCGAAGUUGAAGAUCGAGGGCCGCAAGAAGCUCAGGAUCGAGCUCUCGAAGGAGGGUCUCCGGAACUCGGUGCACUUGAGCAAGCCUGUGUUGCGGCUCAACCGGCUCCUGCUGCCGGCGAACGUGGUGCUGCCGGCGGAGAUGAAGGAGAGCGUUGUCGGGCUCGGGCUCGACCAGCCGGACGACGCUGCGGACGGCACGGUGAUCUCCACGAAGGACCAGGACAUGGAGUUGGACGAGGACGUGCGCUCGUUGAAACAGUCCGUCCUCAACAACACAGACAUAAGGACCAUGGUGAGCCAGAUGUUGGCCAACGGCAUGGACCUCCACCAGAUCGCCUCUCUGAUAACGCAGUUCAACGCCAAGAACGACGCCGCCUCCAACAGCAACAGCAACAGCAACAGCAACAGCAGCAGCAUCCCGAACAGCAACCCCUCCAAUACCACAAACCCCUCCCAUGCCUCCUCUAAUAACCCCUCGUCCGCCACUAAUAACCCCCUCACCAACCCCGCCGCCGCCCCGGGCAGCAUGGCCAUCAACGGCAUGGGCAGCAUGGGCGGCAUCAACGGCAUGCACUCCCUCAACAUGGGCAUCAACGGCAUGCACCCGCUCAACAUGGGCAUGAGUAACAUGAACGCCAUGGGCGGCAUCGGCGGCUCCAGCAUGCCCGGCCUCAACUACAUGAACGGCAGCGGUCUCGGCAGCAGCAACAGCUUUGGCGCCAAGCCCGUCGGCAUGGCCCAGGGCCUCGGCGGAGCGUCCCGCUUGCUCAACUCGUCCAGCUACCUCCCACAGCCAACCGCGUCGAUGCAGACUGCCCUGCAAGGACAGCAGCAGCAGCAGCAGCAGCAGCAGCAGCAGCGAUCCGCAUCCACCAACAGCUCCUCCCCGGCCUCCCCGCCGAUCCCCGACCCGGUCUCCAAGACCCUCUCGACCAUCCCCCCCGGCGUCCUCGUGGAGUUGCUCGCCAAGCUCAAGCUUGUCCUCUCCACCCCGCAGCCGUCCGCCAACACCUACGCCGACGCCGCAGCCAUCCUCAACGAGAACCCGAAGCUCGCUGUUGCCGCCGCCCAGGCCCUGCUGCUCAUGGGCGUCGUGGACCUCGACGUCAUCUCCCAGGCAAACAGCAUACCGAACGGCGUCUCCUCCGCAGCCUCCUCCGCCACAGCCCCCGCUGCAAACCCCUCCACACACAACGCCCCAGCACCACCACCACCCGCUGCUCCUCUCCCUCCCUCCUCCUCCGCUAACGCCCCCGCCCCCGCCCUCCCCGGCGUCGGCCCAAACAUACCGCACGAGUGGCUCACGCUUCCACAGCACACCGUCGCCAAGCUCCUCCAGCUCAACGCCCACGAGGCCAGCCUCAUCUUCCAGGUGCUCCAGCUGUCCCCGGACCAAAUCGCCAUCUUGCCUCUCAACGAGCGCAACAUGGCCAACCAAAUUCGCAGCCAGUACCUCUAG